GCAAAAUGACUUUUCACACCUGCCUUAUUACUUUGUCAAUUAAAUUACCAAAUACUAUAAAUAUAGACACACCUAAUCAACCUCCUUCAAAUUCAAUUUCAUAUAUUUGCAUUUCAAAUUUCACGAUUAUUAUCAUGGGAAUCAAUACUGCUAAUACCGUCCCUCUUCUUACACCUUACAACAUGGGCAAAUUCAAUCUCGAUCAUAGAGUUGUUUUGGCACCGCUUACUAGAAUGAGAUCUUACAACAAUGUUCCUCAACAAAUCGCUGUUGAGUAUUACGCUCAGAGAGCUUCUAAAGGAGGUCUUCUCAUAGCAGAAGCUACUGGUGUUUCUGAUACUGCUCAAGGAUAUCCAAACACUCCUGGUAUUUGGACUCAAGAGCAAGUUCAGGCAUGGAAACCUAUUGUAGAUGCUGUUCAUGCCAAAGGCAGUGUGUUUUUCUGUCAAAUUUGGCAUGUUGGAAGGGUUUCAUCUCCAGCUUUUCAGCCGAAUGGCCAAGCACCAAUAUCUUCUACAGACAAGCCACUCACAUCAAGCAAAGAUUCAGAAAAAGUCACGCCGCCAAGACGGCUAAGGACAGAUGAAAUUCCACAGAUUGUCAAUGAUUUCAGACUUGCUGCAAGAAAUGCUAUUGAAGCUGGUUUUGAUGGGGUUGAAAUCCAUGGAGCUCAUGGCUACCUACUUGACCAAUUCAUGAAAGAUAAAGUGAAUGACAGAACAGAUGAAUAUGGAGGAUCCAUUGAGAACCGUUGUCGAUUUGCUUUGGAAGUUGUUGAAGCAGUUGUAAAUGAGAUAGGAGCAGAAAGAGUUGGAAUUAGAUUAUCACCUUUUGCAGAAUAUGCAGAAAGUCGUGACUCUAAUCCAAAUGCAUUGGGACUUUAUAUUGUUAAUGCCCUCAAUAAAUACAAUAUUCUUUACUGUCACAUGGUGGAACCAAGAAUAAAAUCUGCCGAUGAAGUAAUUGAAACCCCUCACAGCUUAGUGCCAAUGAGAAAGGCUUUCAAUGGAACUUUCAUGGUUGCAGGAGGUUAUGACAGACAAGAUGGGAUCAAUGCUAUAGCUGAAGACAGAGCAGAUCUUGUUGUUUAUGGUCGUUUAUUCUUAGCUAAUCCAGAUUUGCCAAAGAGAUUUGCACUUGAUGCUCCUCUCAACAAGUAUAACAGAGAAACAUUCUACAUUUCUGAUCCAGUUGUUGGUUAUACUGACUACCCAUUUCUUGAAUGAAGAAAACAAUGUUGUAGCAUCUAAGGAUGGAAGUGGAACCUCCAUAUUAAAUAAGCUUUAUUUUUUUCCAUUUGCACAUUGGUUUUUUAGGGAAGUUGGUCUCUGAAAUAAGAAUUUUGAUGGUUAUAUUUUUUAUUGAUUCUUCUCUGUUAGAAUUAACAGUGUGUAAAACUAUUAUGUACCUGAUUUUGUAAUACCAUAUAUAUGAGCUUUGUGAUUUAAUAAGAGGAUUAUUUUAGUACCUAAAA